AUGUCUGAUUUAGCUAAAGAUUUAUUAAUACAAUAUUAUGGGUUUGGUGCAGCAUCGAGUGGCAAAAAGUUUCUCUCGAUACAUCGUAAUAUCGAAAGAGUAAAAAACGAAGAUGAAAAACAGAUUACUGAGCACUCUUUAACCAGCAAUGAUGAGAAUGUGGCCAAUGAAGAGUUUCAGAAAAAUAUUGAGGAGGAUCGAAAACUUAGUAUUGGAAACGAUUUGUAUCCACAAUCCUCACAAGUUUUAAAUAACUUGGAAGAUGCAUAUGACAAUAAUGAAAAUUUCGAUAUAAGAAAUAUCGACUUUGGUCCGAAUAUUCUUUGUAGCACUCUUGAAAAUGUAUCACCUAAACAAUCAUACGAACAAUUGUCUGGUAUAUCAGAUGUACAUUUACCCGAGCAAUCAACAAAUGAUGUUUCUUCAAAUUAUAUUAAAAUAAAUAUCGAAGAUCCAGAAAUAGAAAUAAUUGAUGAGAUAAAAGAUGCAAAGAAAGAUGAAUUAAAUUUGGAACUUAUCGAGGAUACAUUUUCUAACGAUGUUUCAGAAUAUUCUUCCUUGUCACAUAAAGAAUCAAAAACAUUUUUGAAAAGUAAUACAAGUGUACCGUCAAACGAAUCUAUUUCAUCGCCAUUAGUACCAAAAAAGGAACCUAUUUACAAUGACAUGUUUGCAGAUUUUUCAAAUACAGAUUUAAAACAAUUUCCUAUUGUGAUAUUAAACAACUUUUCACAAUUAAGGAUGUUAUAUUUGUCGAACAACAAUUUGAUCGAAGUUCCUGACGAAAUUUUUACUUAUUUAAAUUAUCUACAGUGGUUAGAUAUCAGAAAUAAUCAAAUUACUUUUUUGCCAGUUAGCAUUAAAUGGCAUAGCUGCUUAGAAACAAUUUUACUUCAAGGAAAUAAAAUGAAGGAAUUACCAUUGGAACUUUGCACCCUAUCAAAUCUAAAAAAUCUUCAAGUAGCAGAUAAUCCACUUAUCAUGCCACCGCAAGAUAUUGUAGGUUCCGGUUGCGCUACCAUUUUGGAAUUCUUACGAAUUGAAUGGAAUAAACUACAUCCUGAUGAAUGGAUAGAACCCAAAAAAAAUAAAAUUGAACCAAAAUUAUCGACAAUUCUAUGUUAUCAAUCUCCACGAAAAAAUAAAAAGAAAAUAAUAUCAUUAAAGGACACCAUAUGUAAUAGAAAUAUAGCUAUAAGCGAAAAACGUAAAUUAUAUAAGCCAAGUAGCAGAUGUGAAAAUAAAGGUGCAAACAUUAUAAUGGAACAUCGAUUAUUAUGGUUUUCUAAGUUAAGAGAUUUAAUUGCUAAACAAACAGCAACAAUCCAAAAAAUAAAAGAUGAAAAUUUUUUAAAAGAAUGGAGGCGGGAUAAAAGAAGUUAUACCAAAGCUAUGCAAAAGGCAAUGAAGAGAAAUGAAGAUGACAUUCCAUUUGAUAUUGAUGUUGAAGAUUAUGCUUCUAUAUUCAAACAAAAUUCUAAAUUGAAAAAGUUGAAAUCAAAGAAAAAAGACAAACAAAGAUUUUCAUCACCUAUAGAUAUUAACAAGAAAAUUAACGAAUUAUUAGAAUCUUUAAAUAAACUCGAAAUAAAUAUUACGUAUGAAAAAAGUCCUAGAACCAAACAGAACUUGUAUAAAAAUGAAAUAGAAAAGAUAUUACAAUUUCAAAAUGAAAUUCAGAAUUUGCGAAAAUACAAUGAAAUCAAUGUACCACAUAAAGUAUCAUCGCAAAAUUAAAAUUGCAAUGAUAUCAAUACCGAUCUCUUUCUGAUUACACCAGGAGU